AGACAAAAGCCCGAGCGAGCAUUCAUUCUAAUAAGAAGAGAGAUUUCCCCCUGAAGAGUCAGGGUUUUAAUUUAAUCCUCUCCCCGUUACUUGCAGUGCAUUCUAAUAAGACGAAAGCUCGAACGAUUCAUCCUCGUCCUUCCUUCUCCACAUUUCUGUAGGCGAGAUUCAUUUUCUCAAUUUGUUAAUUUGGGAAGACAUGGCGGAUGGGUUCUGGAAUAAGCAGGCGCCGUCGCAUCCAUCGUCCGGCUUGCUCAAGCGCCCCCGCUCCUCCGACUAUACAUCUUCUGCAAUGAAUCAACAUGCUGAUCAGGUGACUCCCCGAGUUAUAAAUGAGACAAAUGACAUUGGCUCUGCAUACGAUCGAUAUCUUCAAAAUAUGCAAACUAGUUCCUUUAGCUCAGGGGAAAUCAACAGGUUGUCUGGAGGUGGCCAAAAAGCCACAGAUGUAGGAUUGACUGGUCCUACAUUUACUGAUUCCAUUCCUAUGACAAGACCUGGAAUUGCAGGCGUAAGUUUAGCAUCAAAUGGUCUUGCACUGGGUUUUGAUGCUCAGAUCCCUCUAGGUGUUAUGUCCAGAUCAAGACUUGAGGCAUUAUCUUUUCCUCUGGUUGAAUCGAUGCCUCGAUCAAGCCAAGAGAGGCUACCUCUUCCUCCAGAUGCUACAAGUACUCUGUAUGUUGAGGGGCUUCCUUCAGACUGUAAAAAAAGAGAAGUAGCUCAUAUUUUUCGUCCCUUCGUGGGUUAUAAAGAAGUAAGGCUUGUGGUCAAGGAUUCCAAACAUCGUGAUGGAGAACCACUCAUCCUUUGUUUUGUGGAUUUCAUUGAUCCGGCAUGUGCUGCAACAGCAUUGAGUGCAUUGCAAGGUUAUAAGAUGGAUGAAGAUGAUUCUGAUUCUUCUUACUUGCGGAUACAGUUCUCAAAGUUCCCAGGACCAAGGUCCGGUACUGGAAAUCGCGGAAGAAGAUAGACUUAAAGAUGUAAGACACCACCACAACUGUCUACUUUUGCAUUUCACCUUGUGCAAAAGAAAAAAAAAACUAAUUUAAACAUCAUUUUAGAACACAUGUAUUAUACCCUUAUUAGUAGUACUGGCAUUUUAAAGGAAAUCAUCAUUGUAGGGAAAUGUAGUGUGUUUCAUGAUUUCAUAUUUCAUGAACUUACAAGUUUUUGAACAUAUUGAAGUUGAGAUUGUUAUAUACCUGGAUGUUGUGA